AUGAAGAUGACAUCUGAGAAUGUUAUUCAUAGAAAGCGACGGUUAGACGGUUCAAACAGUUGUAACCAUAGAACAAUGGUGCAAGCGGUUCGUGAUUUCCCUCCCGGUUGUGGAACAAUGGUGCAAGCGGUUCGUGAUUUCCCUCCCGGUUGUGGAAUAAAUGAAGCCGAAAGAAAGCCGUUGAAGACGUUAGCAAAGGCUCACUCGGAUCUUGGAAACAUAACGUCCCAUGGAAAUGAAACUAAACCAAAAGAACUUGAGAGAAACAAGAGUUAUGUUGUCUCAAGGCCUGCUGGUAAGGUUAAAUUCUGGGACCCCACGUGCACAAAGGCCCCGAUUCGAACGAAGAAUUUCAAUAAUGUUGACUCGAGUAGUAGGAACAUGACACCAAAUAGCGAGAAAGCGUUGGUGAGCGCUCGCCCUGUUGAGAAUAGUAAAGUUAAAAGUUUUGAACCAAUAGAAUUGGUGAGAAGUAAAUCAUAUUUGGGCGCAAGAUCGACGGCUAAAGUUAUAUUUUGGGACCCUACUUGUGAAGUGCAAAAAUCCGAAGACACGACAACUGUUGUAUCGGAUAAGGAAAAGACUAGACGCAAAAAGAUGAAAGAAGCGAUGGCCCUUUUUGAUCAGGUUUAUGAAUCGGUUUACCAAGAGAACAAAAUGAAGCGAGACAGCAAAAAGAUUCCUCCAUCGUGCGUGCCAAUGGAAGUUGCGAAAAUAGUUAAACGGAAGCUGAAAUGGAUGGAUCCUGAAAAGAUAGCGGGAUCUGUAUGCGGUGUUCAAAUUGGAGAUAAGUUUAAGUUCAGGUCACAGCUUAUGAUGGUUGGUCUUCAUAGUCAACCGCAUUCAGGCAUUGAUUAUGCCAACAUUGAAGGACAGAAUGUGGCUAUAAGCGUUGUGGAUGCUCGUCGUUAUUCAAAUGAAAGUGGGUCUAGUGAUACGCUCAUUUAUUCUGGUCAUGGUGGGAGUGGUUUGUACGGGAGUAAUGUGCCAGCCGAAGAUCAGAAACUAGUAAGAGGUAAUAUGGCUAUGAAGAAUAGUAUGGAUGCGAAAACACCGGUUCGGGUGAUGAGGAAAGUGGGAGGGUUUGGAAAGGAUGUGUUUGUGUAUGAUGGUUUGUAUGUUGUGGAGAAAUGUACACAAGGAAAAAGUGAAGAAGGAAAGGUUGUGUUCAAAUUUCAUCUUGAAAGAGUACCAGGGCAACCUUCACUUCACAAUAUGAUGAGUAGGUGGGUCACUUGCACCAUUUGUGCACCUUUUUAG